CUCUAACUCUUACAUGUAGAGACUAGAAUUUCACAGACAAAACCCUCCAACAUCAAAUAUGAGCUGUUUUUUUAAUCUACGUAAGCUCAGUGUACUACUGGUGUCGAUGUUUGCAGACCUGUUUGACUUUGUCAGUGAUUGGCUGUUUUAUUUUGACCUUGUUCUCUCAGAGGAUGGCCUUGUGUUUGGGCCACAUGAGGCCUUGACAAUCAAAAUGACCUUUGUGUUUUGCAUCAUUGGUUCUGUAACAUUUGUAGUGGAGAUAAUUUUUAAUUUUAUUGAAUAUGACAAGGAUAACAAUACAGUAGAAGUGGUCAGUGAAUUUGUAACAUUUACAACAUUACUUAUUGAGGACCUCCCACAGAUUGCUAUAAAUGUCCACAUUGCUAUGUGCAGAGAGGAGGCAACAAACACCAUUCAAAUCGUUAAGGCAUCAGCAGCCAUGUUUGAAGUUCUUAUCAAGCUAGCUUUUGUCUGGAUCAAAUAUGCGAUUAAAAAAAGACAAGGAGGAAGAGAAGCUGACAAGAUAAGAAAAGGUUUAACUAUUUCCACUAGUGCUAUUCUUGUGACAAUAUUUGCUCUUUGUGCUACUGUGUUUGUUCUGACCAUAAAUUUCCAGAAGUCCAGGAUAGAUUUUGAAAGUGAUGGUUUAUCAGAUGAGGAAACUAAUAAGUAUUUACAGGGAGUCGGUAUAUUCAUGAGUCUAAAUACAUCACACCUACAGAUACCUAACAUGGGUGACAAUCAGUGGAUGCGACUUGUAGACCUACAGGAGGUUACACGACUGUCUGAUUCCUCAGCAGGUGUUGUCCUGAGCUAUAUGUUCACCACACUGCCUAUUGUCUAUAUAUGGGUGAGGAAUCACUCGACAUCAGCAGUAAACACAGUGUCAUGUUAUAGACAGGAAUCCACAGUAAUUCAUAAAAUAUCAACACAAAACUGUUCCGAUGUAUUUUCUGUGACGGCAAACAGUACAAAUGUAUCACUAAAAUUUACCUAUAUACCGCCAAAUCGUCAACAGCCAUUAGGUGACAUACACAGCAAUGUACAGGUACACCUUAACAAAUGCACCGAGGAAGUACAACCAGAUAUUGUGUCCCUGAAAUACUUCCAAGUGAAACCAGAGAUCAUAGGUCAUAUGACCUUAACCUCUACAGUGAAUGGUGACCAGUAUCGCUAUUAUAAUGUACCAGAGGAUCUUCUAUCAGUUCGGGAGGUGUGGAAGACAGGCAAACUGCGGUGUGAUAAUACAGGACGGGAGGGUCCAAAAAUGGACACAAAACUUUCCCUUUCAUGUUUACCUUGACAACUACUUGUAUAUCUUUAUUUUAACUCUACAGAAAAUCAGGACAUGGAGAUGAUUAGUAAUGAUGCAUCCUCAGUAUACAGUACCAUAAAGAUGUUUAAUUCUACCAAAAUACAGCAGAGCGACGCCAUAAAAUACAGCAGAGGGUAUCCUAAAAUACAGCGGAGGGUAUCCUAAAAUACAGCAGAGGGUAUCCUAAAAUACAGCAGAGGGGCUCCUUAAAUACAGCAGAGAGACUCCAUAGAAUACCACAGAGGGUAUCCUAAAAUAAAGCAGAGGGUGUCCGUAAAAUACAGUGGAGGGGCUCCUAAAAUACAGCACAGAGACUCCAUAAAGUACAGCAGAGAGGCUGUAAAAUACAGCAGAGAGACUCCAUAACAUACGGCAGAAAGACUCCAUAAUAUACAGCAAAGAGACUUCAUAACAUACAGCAGAGGGUUUCCGUAAAAUACAGCAGUGGGUCUUCCUAAAAUACAGCAGUGGGUCUCCCUAAAAUACAGCAGAAGGGCUCCCUAAAAUACAGCAGUGGGUCUCCCUAAAAUAUAGCGGAGGGUCUCCAUAAAAUACAGCAGUGGGUCUCCCUAAAAUACAGCAGAGGGGCUCCCUAAAAUACAGCGGAGGGACUCCAUGAAAUACAGCAGAAGGGCUCCCUAAAAUACAGCGGAGGGUCUCCCUAAAAUACAGCGGAGGGGCUCCAUGAAAUACAGCGGAGGGGCUCCAUGAAAUACAGCAGAGGGGCUCCCUAAAAUACAGCUGAGGGGCUCCAUGAAAUACAGCAGAGGGGCUCCAUAAAAUACAGCAGAAGGGCUCCCUAAAAUACAGCAGAGGGGCUCCCUAAAAUACAGCAGAGAGGCUCCAUGAAAUACAGCGGAUGGGCUCCAUGAAAUACAGCGGAGGGGCUCCAUGAAAUACAGCGGAGGGGCUCCCUAAAAUACAGCGGAGGGGCUCCAUGAAAUAGAGCAGAAGGGCUACCUAAAAUACAGCAGAAGGGCUCCAUGAAAUACAGCAGAGGGGCUCCCUAAAAUACAGCAGUGGGUCUCCCUAACAUACAGUGGAGGGGCUCCCUAGAAUACAGCGGAGGGGCUCCCUAAAAUACAGCUGAGGGUCUACCUAAAAUACAGCAGAGGGGCUCCAUGAAAUAUAGCGGAGGGUCUCCAUAAAAUACAGCAGAGGGGCUCCAUGAAAUACAGCAGAGGGGCUCCCUAAAAUACAGCGGAGGGGCUCCAUGGAAUACAGCAGAAGGGCUACCUAAAAUAUAGCCGAGGGUCUCCCUAAAAUACAGCGGAGGGGCUCCAUGAAAUAGAGCAGAAGGGCUACCUAAAAUACAGCAGUGGGUCUCCCUAAAAUACAGCAGAAGGGCUCCCUAAAAUACAGCGGAGGGGCUCCCUAAAAUACAGCAGAGGGGCUCCAUGAAAUACAGCGGAGGGGCUCCCUAAAAUACAGCGGAGGGGCUCCAUGAAAUACAGCAGAAGGGCUCCCUAAAAUACAGCGGAGGGUCUCCCUAAAAUACAGCGGAGGGGCUCCAUGAAAUACAGCAGAGGGGCUCCCUAAAAUACAGGGGAGGGGCUCCAUGAAAUACAGCAGAAGGGCUCCCUAAAAUACAGCAGUGGGUCUCCCUGAAAUACAUCAGUGGGUCUCCCUAAAAUACAGCGGAGGGGCUCACUAAAAUACAGCAGAGGGGCUCCAUGAAAUACAGCGGAGGGUCUCCAUAAAAUACAGCAGUGGGGCUCUGUAAAAUUGACUUAUUCUAAGACUUGUCUCAUAAAUCUCCUAUAGAAUGGCAACUCUUGCCUAACUUUUUAAUUGUAACUUCUGUAAACUCCAAAUAUGAUCUGUCAUAUGAAUUAAGGUAGAAUCUGUUUCACAUGAAUAUGUCAUUGUUUGUUGUGUAAAACCUUUAUUUGAUCUAGAAUGUCAUAACUUAUUCUGUUUGUGCUAAGUCGGGUGACAAUUGCAACAAACUUGGAGUAAAUUAAUAUAAAUUUAUUUUGUUUUGUCAACCCAUUUUGCCCAGUACUGAGAGAUUCAUCACACAUAAUGUGGGCAAACAUAAAUCGUAACGUUAAUAAAGGAGGUGAUGUGUGUGACCUUCUAUGACCUUCUAUGACCUAUAGAAUCUAUAAGGGUUAGCAAUUAAACCUUACAGGUUAACUUCUUUAAUGGCAAAGUUACUGAGUAAAUUGAAUGUCUCUUCGGAUGAUUAUAAAAUAGAGAAUAAAAUAAGAAAAUUAACAAAUUUAACAAAAAAGUAAUAAACCAGUAGUGGACUCUGAUAGGUAACCUAACGUAAUCUUAGUUGUUUCUGCUUCUGAGGUGUUAGACAAGGAAGCGGUGUCUGCACUGUCUGAAAGGGCUAGGUCUUUCAAAAACCAUUCUAUCACGUUAUCACAUUCUGAAACAGGUUGAUAUUGGUCGUGUUGUGGACCGACCACUGUUCAGUUGUUUCCUUGUUAAGGAUUCGAAAGGAUGAUUGUUGUCCCUUUUCUUGCUUGUAUUCUGUUUUCAUCUUCAAACGAUUUCCACUCCACACAGUAUUCAGGAUGCAUAUUCUUUAACUGAGGAUUGUAGGCGUCUUUUCUCUCGUAUCAGCGUUGUGCCCAAAUCCUAUUAAGAGAUUCCCUGCUGCUGAUAUUACAUCUAUUUGGUGUUCUCUUUUGGUGAAUCUCUUGAUUAGAUUAGCACAAAAUGCAAAAUAUGAAAUAAGAGGCCCACAGCCCUUAAGGGUCAUGUGACUAUUAAGACCUUUAUAUAAAAGAGGCCAAAUAUGCCUAAAAUAAAUUGCACAACUACACUACAGCUUACAUGGAAGACAUUGGUUGGUUAAUAAAGACGUUUCCUGUCAACUUGAAAUCAUAUUCUUUAUACAUGCGCUACACAAAUGCUAAUAGUCCAGACACACUACUUGUUGAACAAUAGGCCUGGCUGCCUUGACGGUCACUUAAGAAAAGCAAUAUUGAAUAUAAAUGUUAAAGGGAAAGUAGCUUUUAAGUCUCAUGAAAAAGGAAUUGUGACAUAGAUGCUAGUAAGCCAGUGUCAGUACAUGCAUACCAUUAAAACUGUCAUCCUAUACUAAUAAAUCUUAUAAAGUUAUCUCCAGUGGGAAAUAAACAACAUUAUGCUCAAAUGCCUAACUGCAUAUCACAUAAGGAAAUAGAAUAUGUCAUAAUGAGAUCAUUAUGAUGACCCUUAUUCUUCCUCAUUAUCAUCAUAAAGUUGUGCAAGGUUUCAAUGGGUAUGACCUUUCCGUUAGAUAUCAAACUUUGAUCAGGAAAUAUCACUUAUAUGUACUUGGUUUAAUCACAAACAUGAGUUUAAAAUACCUAUUGAUAGUUGUAACAUUCUUGUCAAACUGUGAUUGAUAAUUCAAUAUUCAGAAAAUAAAGUUACAUG